GACCGGUGACGUCACGGACGGGAGCGCGCUUGCUGUAGUUUGAAGUGUCGCGGGAGGAAGGAGCGGAUUGUGGAGCCGGUACCAGCAGACACUCAGCAUGGAGACCUCAGAGAGCAGCUUCAAGACCCCCUGUAAGGUGGAGAGGAAGAAGAGCUCCGGACCUGUCACCCCCUCCCCCUCCUUCGCUAUACCAGCCUCACCAUUCAUGAAGAAGUUUGGUUACGGCACCGGAGUCAGCGUUUACCUCAUGAAAAGGUCACCUAAAGGUUUAUCUCACUCUCCUUGGGCUGUGAAGAAGGUGAAUAAACAAUGUGAUAAGUCCAGCAAGAACCUGUAUGAGCAAAGACUGAAUGAUGAGGCCAAAAUCCUCAAAAACCUGCAACACCCCAACAUCAUCGGUUACCGGGGGCUGACCAAGACCAAUGAUGGCAGCCUGUGCCUGGCCAUGGAGUACGGCGGAGAGAAGUCGCUGAACGACCUCAUAGAGGAGAGGAACGAGAAGUGCCUGGGCCCGUUUCCUGCUGACACCAUUCUUAAAGUGGCCCUGAACAUGGCGCGGGGCCUGAAGUACCUGCACAUUGAUAAAAAAAUCCUCCACGGAGACAUCAAGUCCUCCAACGUUGUCAUCAAAGGAGACUUUGAGUCCAUCAAAAUCUGUGAUGUCGGGGUGUCGCUGCCGCUGGACGAGAACAUGAUCAGUGAGUACCACGAGAGCCCAUGUGAGGACUCGUAUGCAGGGUCUGGGGGUUCAUCUGUUGAGCCGAGGUUCCUGCACUUGGUUAAAUUCUCCUCCUUACUUCCAGUGACCGAUCAGAAGGCGUAUUACAUCGGCACCGAGUCCUGGAAACCCAAGGAAGCUCUGGAGGAGGACGGGGUAAUCACAGACAAGUCAGACAUCUAUGCCUUUGGCCUGACUCUGUGGGAGAUGAUGACCCUGUCCAUCCCUCAUCUCAACCUGCCACCCGAAGACGACGAUGAUGAAGAGGACUCGUUUGAGGAAGACGACUUUGACGAAGACGCCUACUAUGAAGCCCUGGGGACGCGGCCCCCGCUGAACGCAGAUGAGCUGAACGAUUCCUACCAGCGGGUCAUCGAACUGUUCUACCUGUGCUCGAAUGAGGACCCCAAGGAGAGACCCUCUGCCGCCCAGAUUGUGGAGGCCUUAGAGGCGGAGAACAUCCAAUGAGUAUUUUUAGGGCUGAGCUAGGCUCGGGGUGUCACCAGUUUUAGAGUUUUUAAAGUGCCAACUUCCUUAGAAAGUUACCAAGAGACGGUUUAGAUAAGUUACAUAGAUAGAGGUGUUACAAUGAGGAGAAAGUAUGGUAAAGAGGCGGAUACAGCGCCCCCAGAGGUGAGGGAGAAAACUGCACCUAACAGCAACUUGUGGUGCAGAA